AUGGAGGAGCAGAUGGGUGAGGGUGCGCGGUCUAUUCUGGACUUGCCGUCGGAUGUGCUGCUGCGCGUGCUGAACGAGGUGGACCUCUUCCAGCAGGGUGCUGCCAUACUCACUUGCCGCAAGUUCAAGGAGCUUCUCUACGCCAACACGCUGCGCACGACUCUCGACCUCUCCAUCGCCCCCGACCUGGACAUUACCUACUGCUUUCGCCUCACCCGGGCUUCGUUAGCUCAGAUCAAGACCAAGGCCGCAACUCUGCGCCGCUUGGCGAUCGGGUGGAACACCCGGCUGGACUCGUCGGUCUUGACCGAAAUCCUCUGUGGCCUUCCCGAUCCGACCAAGACGUUCUUCUUCUCCGCUGUCCAGGAGAAGUCCGGCUGUCCCCGGCUUGAACGGCUGGACCUCAGGGGCUGCUGGAACCUGGAGGACACGGAGGCCAUCUCGCUCUGCUGUCCCGCGUUGACCCACGCCAACUUUGACUACUGCCCCUUCACCGAGGUCGCGCUCGCCAAUUUUGUGAACUCGCAGGGAGCCAAGCUCAAAGAGCUCUCCAUCUGGUGGACCGACAAUGCCGAGCGCCCGCCCGGCUGCACCCUGCCUCCGCGCUACAGCAAGAUCAACUUCCCGCCGCACGUCAAGGUCUACUCGGAGCACUCUCCGCCCACCACCUUCGCCUUCGAGUACGACGUGCCUUUCCCGCAACAAAUCGAGGCGGCCACGGAGCAGGCGCAGGCCGAGGACAAGCGCAUCCUGCUCCACGUGGCGCUGGAGCGCGGCCUGCCCGGCGGCGACACCUUCACGCGGCGGCUGCACAACUUUUUCACCACCAACAGGGAGAUAGCACGGAGCCUCAACGAAAGCUAUGUGUACUUGAUCGUGGACAACUGUGUCGCCGAGCAGCAUCUCCGUGGCCUGGGUAUAUCUCGAGCGUUGACCGAAUACCCGACGCUCAUCAUUCUGGACAAGGAGGCCAACGCGCUGGUGGCCAAAGGGACCGGCGACCUCGAGGAGAACUGCCCCUCGGGCUGUUGCUACAACGCGCAGAAGAUCUUCCACUUUUUGCGGAAGUGGAAGCCCGGUGCGCUGUUGCCACCGGCCAGCACGCUGCCCGACCUGAAGGAGGUCACUUCGCAGGCGCCGAUCAAUCCGCUCUACAGCUUCAAUCCGUUUGGCGGUAUCACGUCCGUCAUGCCCGCGCAAAACAACGAUGACUACUGA